CCGAGAGUGGGGGGGCGAGGUGGUGGAGGAGGAGUAGGAGGAGGAGGAGGCGGCGAGAAGAUGGCGACUUCGAACAAUCCGCGGAAAUUUAGCGAGAAGAUCGCACUGCACAACCAGAAGCAGGCGGAGGAGACGGCGGCCUUCGAGGAGGUCAUGAAGGACCUGAGCCUGACUCGGGCCGCGCGGCUUCAACUGCAGAAGUCCCAGUACCUCCAGCUGGGCCCCAGCCGUGGCCAGUACUACGGUGGUUCCCUGCCCAAUGUGAACCAGAUUGGAAGCAGCAGCAUGGAUCUCUCCUUCCAGACCCCAUUUCAGUCCUCAGGCCUGGACACGAGUCGGACCACACGGCAUCAUGGGCUUGUGGACAGAGUAUAUCGUGAGCGUGGCAGACUUGGCUCCCCGCACCGCCGACCCCUGUCAGUAGACAAGCAUGGGCGACAAGCUGACAGCUGCCCCUAUGGCACCGUGUACCUCUCGCCUCCUGCGGACACCAGCUGGAGGAGGACCAACUCUGACUCCGCCCUACACCAGAGCACAAUGACACCCAGCCAGGCGGAGUCCUUCACAGGCGGGUCCCAGGAUGCGCACCAGAAGAGAGUCUUACUGCUCACCGUCCCAGGAAUGGAGGAGACCGGGGCCGAUACAGACAAGACCCUUUCUAAGCAGUCAUGGGACUCAAAGAAGGCGGGUUCCAGGCCCAAGUCCUGUGAGGUCCCCGGAAUCAACAUCUUUCCAUCUGCGGACCAGGAGAACACAACAACCCUGAUCCCUGCUACCCACAACACAGGGGGCUCCCUUCCUGACCUCACCAACAUCCACUUCCCCUCCCCACUCCCGACACCGCUGGACCCUGAGGAGCCUUCGUUCCCUGCUCUCACCAGCUCCAGCAGCACCGGCAGCCUUGCACAUCUGGGCGUUGGCGGCGCAGGCCAGGGUAUGAACACCCCCAGCUCUUCUCCACAGCACCGGCCAGCAGUUGUCAGCCCCCUGUCCCUGAGCACAGAGGCCAGGCGGCAGCAGGCCCAGCAGGUGUCACCCACCCUGUCUCCGCUGUCACCCAUCACUCAGGCCGUGGCCAUGGAUGCCCUGUCCUUGGAGCAACAGCUGCCCUAUGCCUUCUUCACCCAGGCUGGCUCCCAGCAGCCUCCUCCACAGCCCCAGCCACCGCCUCCACCUCCACCAGUACCCCAGCAGCAGCCACCACCCCCACAGGUGUCUGUGGGCCUCCCCCAGGGUGGUCCACUGCUGCCCAGUGCCAGCCUGACGCGGGGGCCCCAGCUGCCACCACUCUCAGUCACUGUACCAUCCACUCUUCCCCAGUCCCCUACAGAGAACCCAGGCCAGUCACCAAUGGGAAUCGACGCCACCUCGGCACCAGCUCUGCAAUACCGCACGAGCGCAGGGUCGCCUGCCACCCAGUCUCCCACCUCUCCAGUCUCCAACCAAGGCUUCUCCCCUGGAAGCUCCCCACAGCACACGUCCACCCUGGGCAGCGUGUUUGGGGAUGCGUACUAUGAGCAGCAGAUGACAGCCAGGCAGGCCAAUGCUCUGUCCCGCCAGCUGGAGCAGUUCAACAUGAUGGAGAACGCGAUCAGCUCCAGCAGCCUGUACAACUCGGGCUCCACACUCAACUACUCCCAGGCUGCCAUGAUGGGUCUGAGCGGGAGCCAUGGGGGCCUGCCGGACCCGCAGCAGCUCGGCUACACAGGCCACGGUGGAAUCCCCAACAUCAUCCUCACGGUGACAGGAGAGUCACCGCCAAGCCUCUCUAAGGAACUGAGCAGCACACUGGCAGGGGUCAGUGAUGUCAGCUUCGAUUCAGACCACCAGUUUCCGCUGGACGAGCUGAAGAUUGAUCCUCUGACCCUGGAUGGACUUCAUAUGUUGAACGACCCUGACAUGGUCUUAGCCGACCCAGCCACUGAGGACACCUUCCGAAUGGACCGCCUGUGAGUGGCUGUGCCCGCCACCCGCCGCUGGUCAGUCUCCAACGGCACUGCCCCAAACCUGGGAAUGGCAAUGCCAUCCCCCUUUGCCAACGGCCAAGCUUGUGGUUCUGAGCUUGCAAUGCUGCCCAGCGCCCCCUGCCAGCCGCCACCCCGGUUGUUCACCUCCCAUGAUGCCUGGCGUGAGGCCGUUGUGUACUAGGCUGGCUAUCUGUCUGUCCAUCCAUCCAUCUGGGGUCAGGCUGAUUGCCAAGGCUGUGAGUGCCUGGUCCCCAUGGACGUUCCCCAUGCUCGCUCCCUCACCCCUCCCUGGGGAUGUGAGAGCCCUCAUCAGUGGUCCACUUCCGAGACACCCAAAGUGUCACUCACUCCCAGAUGUGCUGUACGAGGAGGGCCAGGGCGUGGGCGUGGAGCGCCCCAGAGGCUGAGGUGCGCUAGCCAUUCGACUGUUCUCAGCUGUCACUGCCUUCCUCCAUCCCUACCCCCCACCGCCAUCUCCAGCCCUGGUCAGGUUAUGCAUGCCCACCGUGCCCAGGGUGAAGAUAGCAGAGCGAAGGGGCAGACCUGGACCAGAAUAAACACUGUUUGGAUGGCUGCCUUUUAUAUUCCUGAGCGCUCUUGGAGCGUGACAAUCGACCUAUGGCCGAAUGUGGUAUAGACAGAGCCUACUGAAGCAGCCAGUGCCCCUCCUUGGCCCGCUCUCCACCACCCUUGCCCCCUGCUGGGCAAAGGUCAACAUGGUGGUACAGGGUUUGAGGGUCACCGGCCACCUGCGCAUUCUUCCCAGUCCCAUGACCAACCAGUCCCUACUGCUAUUUAGGAUCUGGGACUCGGGAGGCAGCAGCCCUAGUGGGUUCUGCUUUUCCCUCAGUUUCUAUUGGCAUUGGUAGCUGACCUUCCAGACUUGCCUGGCAGCAUGUGUUAACUAACCCCCAGUCCCUCCUUGACCUUUUUCAAAAGCUAACUGGAACACUAGCCUGAAGCACUGGCAGGCUGGGGCACCUGGGCUGCUCACCCCAGACCUGGGCUUACUGCCACUUAGUCUCAACUCCAAAGAGCUGGGUGGGCAAGGAUGGGGCUGGAUGCAAGGUCCUGGUGGCUGGGUGUGUCUGUAAGAACCACAGAACAGAUUUCUGGGAACAGGCCUUGCCUUUCACUGGAGAACCCUCUCCCUCUGAGGAUCUCUCAGGUGCCUGCCAGGCCUUAGCAGGUGGCUAGUACCUGCUGGUGUCUCUGUGCUAAGAUUCCCUGUCAUAAGUGGGGGCUGUGGACCUGGCUUGACUUUUCUGGGCCACUUUUGGCCUGGAAGCUCUGAUCCCCACCACCCCAAGUUAUAGCUUAACAUGUCAUAUGCCUCUGCCCCGUAGGCCCGUGCCUCGGCUUGAUUGUUUCUCUGCGGUAUUGCCCACUGCCCAUGCUGAUGGGUUGGGGAGCACAAGAGCUGUGUGUGUCUUUCCCCCAAGCAACUAGGUGGCUGCCUGCAUGAGAAAGCUGCUGCCCUUUCGUCACUGUCCCUCCUUCCCCCCUGGACUUGAGGACACAGCAUUGGUUUGUCCAGUUCACCUGUCCGGGUCUCAGGCCUUUCUAUCACCAUGGUGCAGGCUUGAAGGGAACAGUGGGAACUUUAUUACUAUUAUCAUCAUUAUUAUUAAUGUUAAACAUACAUGAUGGCACACAUCUGUCACCCCAACACUGGAGAGCUGGAGGCAGGAGGAUUAGGAUGUCAAGGCUAGCCUGAGCUACAUGGGACCCUGUCUUUAAAAAAACCAAAAGAGAAAGUACACAUGAAUAGGGUGUGAUUCUCUUUGAAUUGUAGAAGUCUGAACCAAUGACCUUAACAGCAGACAGACUGAUACAGUUCCCACAAGGUUCUGCUUCGAGGUAACCAGUCACUGGCCUUCCAAGUUCUCAUGAGCCAGGGCAGGACAGACAUGGCCCCAUGGCCCUCCUAAGCUGGUGGCCAGCUUUCAAUGCCUUGCAACCAAGCUAUGUUAACGUGACUAAUUCAUUGCCAAGUUCUAGGAUGAAGUGAUAGGUCCCUGCCUCGGCUCCCCAGGCAGCUGUGAGCAUCUCAUGAGCCCCUUGCCCAGCCAAGGGCCAGCACUAAGGUGCAUGCAUAUUCCCGAAGGUUCACCCUCCCCUCCCCUGGGCCUAGCUGCUGUCAGGGGGACUUCUGGGAGGUGUCUUUGUUUUCUAGACGUAGGUCACUUGUCCCAUAAUACCCCUGUAUUGCCAAGACAUCCCAAGAUGAUAGCUCAAGGCCGUGGGGGCCUCAGCUGGUGACAUGCAUAUACUGUGACCCAUUGAACUGUGCUGGGAGCAGCCACCUUGCAGUGUGUACACAGACCUUCUCCCACGUCCAUGCUCUCUCAGGACAGGCUUAGACACCUGGCCCUUGAGAGGUCAGAUGCCUGAGCCAGGCCUGGCCUGUCCCCCUCCACCUUAGCCGUGUGUCACCAGCUUCAGCCAAGCCCCUCAGCCAUGUGGCUAUCCAACCCACUUCCCUGAAUCAGAAACAAGACUGGGGCAUCUUGAUAACACUAUGCCCAGCUGCCUCAGUUUACCUUACCCUUUCAAGGCUUCUCGGGCAGUAGUUAUCUGCCCAAAGCCCCACAGAACAACACUGCAACUGGACCCAGCCCCUGUGUCCUCAGAAAUGGCUUGUCCCCUCGACCCGAGGCCCUGUCAUGUCCCCUUUCUGCAACACGAUCCAGUGCUGCUCCAUGAGGCCCAUUGGUACUUAGCCCAGCCCUUCAGCUCUUUGGAAGACUUAUCCAGGGACGCCCUCUAGUGAGUUCCAUAUGCUACUGCACAGCACCCAAGGAUAGCUGACAGAUGUCACGUUGGGCUUGAUGUCAAGAGUCAAUAGUCCCAGCACUCGGGUCGGGACAAGAGCGGACAAAAGGCACGGGGACGGCAACCCCGCACCAGUGUAGGCCGCUGUUCUCGCGGUGGGCCUAGAGUUGGUUCACUGCAUUCUGAGUUUUCUGGGGUGUUUUGCAGAGAAGAUUCAGCACAGGCUGAGGGGACUGACUGCUGGUAUCAGGGUCUUGAUGGAGCCGUGUGCACAGGCAUGGGGUUAUCUAGUUGUGCCCUGGGUCUGGCUGUUGCCCUUCAAGAGCUGUCCAGGUGAGGGCACCGUGGUGCAGUCUACCCCAUGCGGUCUGCCUCUACUGUGGUAGUACUUGGUCCUUUUUAUACCCCUUCCACCUUUGGCUCCCCCCCCGGGGGGGGCGGGCAGCCCUCCUUCAGGGAUCUGGUGGGUGAUUUGGAGACCCUGGUCAUUUCUGUCUCAGGCAUGGCCCUCAGCGUGGCACAAAUGCCUGCCACCCAUUGGUCAUAGCCGUGUCUCCCUGUCAGGGCAGAAGAUGGAGGCACUUGUAUCCUCUUAAGCCUGGGUGCUGGGGUACUCCCAAGGCCAUGGGGUGCCCUGAACCUCAGUUUUCCUCUUUCUCAACCUUGCUGGGCUCAGGGGCCCAACCUCCUGGUCAGGGUAGGGGCAGCAACAGAGCCCCAUGAUGGUACCAGCUACCCCUUCUGCACUCGGCCUUUCCUUGGGGCUAGGGAUCCAUCACGUAGGGUAAGGUCUUGCCCUAUCUCUUGGGGUUCUAGAAUUUCAGGGUGACCCAGGCCUAGCCUAAUCCAACCCAGCAGUUCUGAUCACAGGGGGACAGGAGGGCAGGGCAGUGGUCUUAAAUCCAAAGGCCAGGCUCUGUUUCUCAGGCCCCAUCUCACCCCUUCGUUGGAAACAGGACGCCAUGGGCUGGGCAGCCCCUUUGAUAUAUGCAAAUGGCUGGUCUCACAUUCCCCUCCCCGUGCCCAGGCUGGCUCUGCCCCCCAGCAUGCGCACUCCGCUGCGGAUGUCUGUGGACCGUGCGCAUGGGCACCGCAGUUGGGGGUCAGGUUGCUCAGGGCACGCACGGCCGCCCGCCCCACCUUCUGGCGCAGACGCUUCUUUGUAUUUUUGCGCCCUUUGUAAUGAAAUGUAAUAAAAACCCAAUGUUUUCGUCUGG